AUGUCAAAGACAAUCAGCGAACCCGACGACAACGCGCGCACCGUCCGAUUCCCGUCCUUACAGAUCGAUACCCGCGACCAUGCCGCUUCCCCAACCUCGCCCACGGCGCGCGUGCGUGUCGCCGCUCCUAACGAUGUCGGCGCACCUCUGACCCGCGCCUCUACCGACCAGAACAUAUCCCCUAUGCGACGACGCGCAGGCACCUUCAAGCCGGUAGAAGACUACGGAGACUUUGAAAUGUCUCGCCCCGGAUGGCAACCCGGCUCCGAGCCCGGCUUCGAUCCCAAUAAGUCGGACGGCGGCCACGCUUCCAUGCCCGCCCUCCGCGCCGAGUGCGACAUCUCCGUUUUCGACUUCAGCCAGGGCAACAUGGUCCAACACAAGUUUAGAAACGAAGAGUUUGUCGACUUCUUGCGGAAACCCCAGGAGCCGUGGGUCCAGAGCCGCUGGAUCAAUGUCAACGGUCUCAGCUGGGACGUCAUCCAGGCCUGCGGAAAGUACUACAAGCUGCACAAGCUCGCCAUCGAGGAUAUUAUGAACACGAGGAACCGCACAAAGGCCGACUGGUACGCCAACCACGCCUUCAUCGUUAUGACGCUGCAAAAGCUCGUCCUCCUUCUCGACGACGACAGCAGCAGUAGCAGCAGCAGCAGCAGCGACGACGAUUCGGACGACGUAGCGAGCGUAAAGACGGCAAAGUCCGGAAAGGGUAUGAAGAAGCUGAAGCGCGCCUUUACCAUGGGCGGCAAGCCGAGACCAGACCCCGAGACGGGCAGGCAGAGGGCCGGCAGACCGACCAUAGUCACGCAGGGCGACGGCAGCGGCUACGGGGCCCAGCUGAACCGUAACAUGAGCGAGCUCUCCCAGCUCAAGGAGACGGCCUUUGUCCGCACUCUCCAGCGCUACCACGCCUCGGCCAACGAGGUCCGCACAGAGUACAUGGAGCGCCACUCCUCUCUCAUGUCCCGCGGCCUCGCCGUCUCCGCCGAGCAGGUCGCCAUCUUCCUGACUUCGGACAACACCGUCAUCUCCUUCUUCGAGAUGUCGGCCGAGGACAUCGAACGCCCCAUCACCGUUCGCCUCGGCGAUCCAUCCACCAUCCUCCGCCAGUCCUGCGACGCCUCCCUCGUCGUCCAGGCCAUCAUCGACGCCAUCAUCGAUCUCGCCAUCCCCCUGACAGCCGUCUACAGCGACGUCAUCGGCGACCUCGAGCUCGACGUCCUCACGAGCCCGAGCAUCAAGCAGACCCGCAGCCUCUACAUCUGCGUCAGCGAGAUCAACAAGAUGCUCACGUUCCUCAACCCCAUCGACAACCUCGUCAACGUCCUGCGCGAUCACCGCACCGAGCUGUCGCAGGACGAGGCGGCGCGCCAGCUGCGCAACCCGGCCAGCGGCGUCAUCGUCACGCCGCUCACGCACACAUACCUCGGCGACGUGCUCGAUCACUGCGUCAUCAUCACCGAGUCCAUGCAGCAGAUCAAGCGGUCCGCCGAUAACCUGAUUGAUCUCAUCUUCAACACCAUCUCGGCCAACCAGAAUGAGAGCAUGAAGCAGCUGACCAUCAUUACCAUUAUAUUCCUGCCCCUGACCUUCUUGACUGGCUACUUUGGACAAAACUUUGAAAAGUUUCCGGAUAUCCAGAAUCCGAUGGGCAUUCAAUUCUUGUACGUUGAGACCACCCCCUUCGCUCCGCAGCUAUCAAACUAA